AUAUAUUCGGUUUACAAAUAAAAACUCCAGAUUAAUCGAAAUCCAAAGUUUUUAAUGUUUCAGCAACAACAACAUAAUAUUCAAAAAGGGAAAUUAGAUUAGAAAGGAAAAGAAGGAAAAACGAGCCAGGUGGAAAAUGGAAAUGAUGCAAUAUUGGUAAAACUCGUCUUCUGCAAAUUUCUCAGUCCAGCUCUUUCUCGUCCCCCCUCCCCCCUUCCCCCUCUCUCAGGGGAUCAUCACAUUCGUCUUCCCUCAUCGACGUCGAUGCGACCGCACGCAUUUGGUGGGCAUUUGUUGUGGAAUUGUUGGCGACACAUUUACAAGAUCUCGUUUUUCUGCAACCGGAUCUGAGCAGAAACUCGGGAGGAAUCGAAGGGACAUCGAGGAUUCGCACCCAUUGAAGCAGUUCCAGUUCGAUCAUUCGUUGGAUCUGAGAAGAGAUGGCAAUGUCUGGAAUGAGAGGUCUGUCCGUCUUCAUUAGCGAUAUUCGCAAUUGUCAGAACAAAGAGCAGGAGAGGCUCAGGGUAGAUAAGGAGCUUGGAAACAUAAGGAAUCGAUUCAAGAACGAAAAGGGUUUGACCCCCUAUGAGAAGAAGAAAUAUGUUUGGAAGAUGCUCUACAUAUAUAUGCUGGGAUAUGAUGUAGACUUUGGUCAUAUGGAGGUUGUUUCUUUAAUAUCUGCACCUAAGUAUGCAGAAAAGCAGGUUGGGUACAUAGUGACAUCAUGCAUGCUUAAUGAGAACCAUGACUUUCUAAGAUUGAUCAUAAAUUGCGUACGCAAUGACAUCAUUGGGCGUAAUGAGACUUUCCAGUGCUUGGCCUUGACCAUGGUUGGCAAUAUUGGUGGAAGAGAGUUUGCUGAAUCAUUAGCUCCUGAUGUUCAAAAAUUACUUAUUUCCAGUAGCUGUAGGCCACUUGUGAGAAAGAAAGCUGCUUUGUGUCUACUACGCCUAUACAGGAAAAAUCCUGAUGUUGUCAAUGUAGAUGGCUGGUCAGAUCGCAUGACACAGCUACUAGAUGAACGUGAUUUGGGUGUUUUGACAGCUGUUAUGAGCCUCCUUGUUGCUUUAGUAUCUAAGAACUAUGAUGCAUAUUGGGGUUGUCUCCCGAAGUGUGUAAGGAUCUUGGAGAGGCUUUCUAGGAACCAAGAUAUUCCGCAAGAUUACAUGUACUAUGGUAUCCCAUCUCCCUGGCUGCAGGUUAAGACAAUGAGGGCUCUUCAGUAUUUUCCAACCAUUGAAGACCCAAAUAUUAGAAGAUCAUUGUUUGAGGUUUUGCAACGUAUUUUAAUGGGAACUGAUAUUGUGAAAAAUGUUAACAAAAACAAUGCAUCACAUGCCGUUCUUUUCGAAGCCCUUGCACUGGUCAUGCACCUUGAUGCUGAAAAGGAGAUGAUGUCUCAAUGUGUUGCUCUGCUUGGUAAAUUUAUUGCUGUUCGUGAGCCAAAUAUCCGAUAUCUUGGUCUUGAGAACAUGACUAGGAUGUUGAUGGUAAUAGAUGUGCAGGAUAUUAUUAAGAAACACCAGGCCCAAAUCAUCACCUCAUUGAAGGAUCCUGAUAUUAGCAUUCGGAGACGUGCUCUUGAUCUGCUUUAUGGGAUGUGUGAUGUUACAAAUGCGAAGGACAUAGUCGAAGAGUUGUUACAGUAUCUCAGCACAGCAGACUUUGCAAUGUGUGAGGAAUUGGCACUGAAAGCAGCUAUUCUUGCUGAGAAAUUUGCUCCUGAUUUAUCAUGGUAUGUGGAUGUGAUUCUUCAGCUGAUUGACAAGGCAGGAGAUUUUGUCAGUGAUGACAUAUGGUAUCGUGUUGUGCAGUUCGUUACAAACAAUGAUGAUCUUCAGCCGUAUGCAGCUGUAAAGGCCAGAGAGUAUCUUGACAAGCCUGCAUUACAUGAAACAAUGGUGAAGGUCAGCGCAUAUAUACUUGGGGAGUACAGCCACCUUUUGGCAAGAAGGCCCGGUUGUAGUCCUAAGGAAAUCUUUAGCGUCUUACAUGAGAAACUUCCUACUGUAUCGAUUUCUACAAUUGCGAUUCUUCUUUCCACAUAUGCUAAGAUCUUGAUGCACACUCAGCCCCCUGAUCCAGAACUACAAGAUCACAUUUGGGCAAUAUUCAACAAGUAUGAGAGUUGCAUUGAUGCUGAGAUACAACAAAGAGCUGUUGAGUAUUUUACUUUAAGUAAGAAGGGUGUAGCUUUAAUGGAUAUAUUGGCUGAAAUGCCAAAGUUUCCUGAGCGCCAGUCUGCUUUGAUUAAAAAAGCUGAAGAUACUGAAAUUGAUACUGCGGAGCAAAGUGCUAUCAAGUUGCGUGCCCAGCAGCAGCAGCAUACUUCAAAUGCUUUGGUUGUGACUGAUCAACGCCCUGCUAAUAGAUCGUUACCUGUCAAGGUGCCCAGUAUCAACAAUAAUGCGGAAGCUAACACGGCAGACCGAGGAUUGACUGAGGUCAAUGGAACUUUAAGUAGGGUAGAUCCCCAAUCUGCUACACCAUCAGCAGAUCUCCUUAGUGAUCUUUUGGGUCCACUGGCUAUUGAAGGUCCUCCAAGCGCUGCUGCCCCAGAUGACCAAAAUCUUAUAUCAGGAUUAGAGGGUGUUUCAAAUUCAUCUGAUGCCUUAGCACUUGCUCCUCUUGAAGAACAGUCAAAUUCUGUUCAGCCAAUUGGAAAUAUUGCUGAAAGGUUUCGUGCUUUAUGCCUUAAGGAUAGUGGUGUGCUGUACGAAGACCCUUAUAUUCAGAUUGGCGUGAAAGCAGAAUGGCAGGCCCACCAUGGUCGGCUUGUGCUAUUCUUGGGUAAUAAGAAUACAUCUCCACUUGUUUCUGUUCAAGCUCUGAUAUUGCCUCCCUCCCAUUUGAAGAUGGAGCUCUCAUUAGUACCAGAAACAAUUCCUCCAAGGGCACAGGUGCAAUGCCCACUUGAAGUUGUGAAUCUUCGCCCCAGCAGGGAUGUAGCUGUUCUUGAUUUCUCUUAUAAAUUUGGAACUAUAAUGGUCAAUGUCAAGCUUCGCCUUCCAGCUGUCUUGAAUAAAUUUCUUCAGCCUAUAUCUGUGGCUGCAGAAGAGUUCUUUCCCCAAUGGAGAUCACUCUCUGGACCCCCUUUGAAGCUUCAAGAAGUGGUUAGAGGAGUUAAACCAUUAUCUCUUCCAGAAAUGGCCAACUUAUUCAACAGCUUUCAGUUGAUGGUUACCCCAGGGCUUGAUCCAAAUCCAAAUAAUCUCGUUGCAAGCACAACAUUUUACUCUGAGAGCACUCGUGCUAUGCUUUGCUUGAUUAGAGUUGAAACUGAUCCAUCAGACAGAACCCAACUCCGAAUGACGGUUGCCUCAGGAGAUCCAUUGCUAACUUUUGAGUUGAAGGAGUUCAUCAAGGAACAAUUAGUUAGCAUUCCUACACCUUCACCUAUGCCUGCCCUAGCACCACCCCAGGUGCAGCCGACCAUUCCAGCUACAGGAGCAACGGAUCCUGGUGCCAUUCUUGCUGGUUUGCUUUAAGAAAAUGGACCAGAUGAUACGUGCAGAUUUGUAGAUUCUUUACUACGGUUGUACCUGAUUUACACAUCCUACCUAUUGGUGCCUUGAAAUUGCAGGGGUGGGAUAAGGAGCAUGGUACAAUGCAAGGGCUGGCGGAAUUGAGGAUGAGCUUAUUGUGGUCGGCUUAGUAUCUGAGUGGAUUUUUUCAAGUUGAAUUUUGAAUUCUACAUUCUUUCAGGGCAUUUACUUGAUGCCUUGGUGUUCUGUUGGGUGCUGGGUUUUCAUUAUAGGUUUCACUGGGUUUCUGUAAUCUGAUAAAUACACGAGACAAUGGAUGUAAAAGUCUUCAUUUUGUGGACAAUCUAUAUUUAUAUAUUCAUUAAUAGAAAAAAAGGAAUGGGAAAAAAAGGUUUUGGUAACCUAACUUCUUAUAUGGAAUAUGAACGAGCAUAUUCAAUUAACAAAUCUAAUGGAGAAAAAAGUUUCU